AGACUACCUUUACAAGAGGUGCACUGUUGAAACGAACAAAAAAAUUCCACAUCUGAACGUGUUCCAUUUUUCUCUCAAACAAUUGAAUAUGUAUAAUAUGGUCAGAAAUUCGAUGAGUCAGCCAGCCUAGCCAUGUAUCCCAACUCCGCAGAAGCUUCUAUCCAUGAAUUCUCUAGCCAGGACACGGUAGCCCACCUGACUCACCUGACAGGAAGUGCAGAGGUCAUACUGGAUAAUGGCACGACAACGUGGCUCUUUUUGAGAGACAGCUCAGGCAUGAAGUUCGUAGCGUGCAGUCCCAAGCUUCUCUACACCGUCUGGCAAGUUUUAAAGCAGUUGAUUUUGUCAGGAAACACAUCCAAGGUCAUACUGGUCAGGUCAAAGGUCACAGAUCGUCCCAUUUUCUCUAACUACGUUUCUGAUGCUCUUUCCAUUUGGCUGGUCAAGAAGCUGGACCUCCAUUGCCAGAAGUCUUUAUCUCGUCGUCCUAUGGAGCUCUGUGACCGUCUUCAUCCUUCUCUACCCAAAAAUCUCCGUGGGUCUCCAGCGUAUAUGAGACAAUGCCUUCAUUCAUCUCGUCAGGAAUUUCUUAGCCUUGUUCUCAAACAGAAGAAAUGGCCCUGCCCAUAUCUAAGCAUUAUCAACGGCCUGGGGUCAAAGGUGACGGCCGUGCUACUAACCCUAGGGUCAAAGGUGACGGCCGUGCAACUACCUCUACACGAUGAGGCCGAUCGAAUCCUGGUUAUAAAUGGUGUCGAGAAGCAGCCAGAGGUUACGGCCUUGACAUUGCAGGAAGAGGCCGAGCUCGAGCAGGCCGUAGUUGAUGUCCAGGUAGCUGGACAGGCAGAGGAGACCAAAAUGAUGGAUGUGUAUGAUGGGCCUGAUCACAUGACCUCUUGUCGUGGACAUUGGAAGAAUGCGUGGCUUUUCGUCAUGGUCAUGUUGUUGCAGGUGUCGGGCCUGAAGUGUCAGCGCUGUGUUGACUGGAUAGAUAUAGUUCGUUUUCGAGCCGAUAUACCUGGCUCCUAUUUUGGCCUAACCACCUACCUGUCCACGUACCGCCUCCAUUACUGUCGGUACGGAUGUUGCGGCAGCUACAAAGAGGAAUGCUGCCCCAAGCCACACAUGAACGUCACUGGGCAGCCUGAUGUCGAGUCUGAUGAUGAAGAAGAUGAGUCUGAUGAUGAAGAAGAGCCAGACAUGAACACCAAUGAGCAACCUGAUGUCGAGUCUGCUAAUGAAAAACCUAGAGAAAAUGCGACGGAACCCUGCAAGUGUGAGGAAUCAUCAGACGAUGGUCACAAAGAAGCUGACAACUACCAAGAUGAGCUAUUGUUCGGCCUGGUUGCUACAGCUGCCCUCCUGUUUUUCACCCUGGUCAAUAGCCUGAAGAAGAGGAAGAAACAUAGGUCAAGGCAUUAG